CAUUACGCACUCCGUCCUCACUGAGGCAGGCACGUCUAGCGGAGGAAACCCCGGUCUGGGUUCGGAUACCAGGGACUACAAACAGAAUCCUGUCUGGAUUUUUUUUUAUGACAAAAUGCGGAGUCCGGAGCUGACAGUGUCGCCGCGUUGCGUCGUCGCUGUACAGUAACGAACGGGUCGAUGUGUCGUGAAUAUAAUGUCUGGAGGCACCGAGUCCGUGUGCAGAUCUUCUGAUUGGGAAGUUGCUUGUCGGUUGUUUUGAUCUGAUACAAGAUGCAUUUGUUUCGGAGUCACAAUUACCAAGUGUUCCCGGACCGCUACUCAGUGGAAACGCCGACCAUACGAGGCAUCAGCUGGACUCCACUACCAGAGGCCCUGAAUUCAAAGGACACCAUGAAGCAGUUUCUUUCAGACCGCGUUGUGAAGGCGGCGAGAUCUGUGUACAGCGUUAUGAUCGAAAGGAACCCCGGCAUGAUCCGAGACAGAAAGCAUCACCUCAAAACAUACAGACAAUGCUGUUCGGGUAAGGAGCUUGUUGACUGGCUGAUGAAACAAAAUGAAUGCCUGCAAUCAAGAAGCCAGGCAGUUGGAAUGUGGCAAGUCUUGGUGGAUGAAGGAAUCCUUGUUCAUGUGAAACACGAGUUAAACUUCCAGGACAAGGACACCCAGUUCUACCGCUUCCAGGACUCCGAGUGUGGCCCGAACCACACGACAAAUGAGAAGGACUCGGAAGACGAGCUGCAGGAGGGUCUGUCGCUGCUUUCUCAGCUGGGUCCUGACGCUCUUCUCACCAUGAUCCUACGCAAAUGCCCCAGUCAGAGGAGUGCCGAGGACCUGGAGGUCAUCUACGAGGAGCUGCUCCAUGUCAAGGCUGCAGCUCAUCUCUCCACCUCUGUUCGUAAGGAGCUGGCAGCAGUGCUGGUCUUUGAAUCACACGCCAAGGCCGGAACAGUCUUGUUCAGUCAGGGGGACAAAGGCACAUCUUGGUACAUCAUCUGGAAAGGCUCUGUAAAUGUGAUCACACACGGGAAGGGCCUGGUGACUACACUACAUGAAGGCGAGGACUUUGGGCAGCUGGCUUUGCUGAAUGAUGCACCUCGCGCUGCGACGAUCAUCUUAAGAGAAGACAACUGCCAUUUCCUCCGCGUUGACAAACAGGACUUCAUACGCAUCCUCAAGGAUGUUGAAGCCAACACAGUGCGACUUCAAGAGCACGGGAAAACUGUGCUGGUGUUGGAGAAGAGCUCUGAUUGGGCCGAGCAGGGAGGAGCCGGAUGCAAUAGCAAGUACACGGUAAUGUCUGGAACACCUGAGAAAAUCCUGGAACACCUGCUGGAGACAAUAAAGCUGGACUCUAAUGGAAAUGACGCUAUAGAUCCCUGCGUGAGCGACUUCCUACUCACCCACAAAGUGUUCAUGCCCUCCAGCCAGCUGUGUGAAGCACUGCAGCACCAAUACCAGGCGGAGCUCUCUGAGGGCUCAGAUCAGGAGAAGGCUUCAUACAUUCUCACAACAAAGCAGAAGGUAGUGAAGCUGGUUGGCCAGUGGGUGGUGCUGUAUGGCCUUCUGCUGAAGGAGGACCCUAUCGCUUUGAACUUUCUGGAGAGGUUGAAGAAGGAGGUGGCAGGUGAUUUCCGUCUAUCCAGCGUGCUGAAAGAAUUCAGAGAAAGGAGGAGAACAAGAGUAUCAGAGAAUGGAUAUCAGUCUUUGAGCCGGAACCAGCAGUUUGAUUGGUUUUCAAACUGCGAGGAGCCAGUGGGGAGGAUACAACCAAUCCGAGCGCAGGAUAAAAUGCUGUACGAGAUCUACAGACCAGACAACAAGCCUCUCACUCUCAUGCUCCCAGUGAACACAUCUGUGCAGGAUGUCAUGUCAGCAGUUGUCAAACCUGGCGGCGAUCACAUCCUGGUUAAAAUGAACUCGGCAGGAGAACGAGCUCAGCUCAAGCUGGAUGCCACUGCAGUCUACACAGCCCUGGGACUCAACGAGAAACUGUUCAUCUGCACAAGCAGCCAAGUGGAACAACUGAUGCCCCUGAAGGAGCAGCAGGGUCCAGAGCGAGCAACAACUGAUAUCCUUGAACAGAUGAGCUCCAAAGACAUCGCCAAUGAACUCACCAAUUAUGACUGGGAGCUGUUCACUGCCAUGCAUGAGGUGGAGCUUGUCUACUACGUAUUCGGCCGGCAUAAGUUUUCAGGUGUCAUCACGGCUAACCUGGAGAGGUUUGUGCGUCGCUUCAAUGAGGUCCAGCACUGGGUGGUGACCGAGCUGUGCCUCUGUGAAGACCUGGUGAAACGAGCCAUCCUGCUCAAGAAGUUCAUAAAGAUUGCUGCAGUAUUAAAGGAGCAGAAGAAUCUUAAUUCCUUCUUCGCUGUCAUGUUCGGCCUGAGCAACAGUGCAGUACACAGGCUUUACAAGACCUGGGAGAGAAUCCCAAGCAAGACAAAAAGAAUAUACUGUGCUUAUGAGAGGCUGAUGGAUCCCUCACGCAACCACAGGGCCUACAGACUGGCUGUAGCCAAACUCAGUCCUCCCUACAUCCCAUUCAUGCCUCUGCUGCUCAAAGACAUGACAUUCAUCAAUGAGGGAAAUCCAAACUAUGUAGAUAAAUUGGUCAACUUUGAGAAACUGCGCAUGAUUGCCAAGACGGUUAAAAUUGUACGAGGAUGCAGAAGUCAGCCUUACGUGCCAUCAUCACCGCAGAGGGGUCUGGCAGAUCGGAUGUUUCUGGAAGGGCCUACUAACCGCAUAUCUACAUACUCAGACAACGGCCUCCCUCUGCGAAAUCCCAGCAACAUCCGACACUACAUUCAGAACCUGAAGGUGAUCGACAACCAGCGCAAACUCACACAGCUGUCGAGGACAACAGAAUGCUAGGACACCGAGCUGCAGGUGUACAAAGACUGUAAGAGUGUAGCACAAAUAUGAACUGGAGAACAGAUUGUAGCUGCAUGGACAAAACUUCCACACUCGCCUGAAUAACACGGACCUCUGGAAGUCUUGAGUGCUGUGGACACUCGCUUUAAUUAAAGAAGCUUGGACAUCAGCAGAAGAGUGAAAAUGUGCUGCGUGCACAGUAAUGACCUCCAGCGCUGGACCAGAGAAUCCAACUCUGUGCCCAUGAGACUUGCAGGACACUUUUUUUUUAUCCAAAAAAGCCUUACAGCACACUGGUGUAUACAUAUUUGUGUGUGCACCACAAUGGAAACUGAUCCCCUCACACUUGUACAGCUGAGCAAAGUAUGCCUGUCUCAUUAUUGUGACAUUUUAUAUAUUGCUGUCUGUGGAAUCAUCCCUCCACAAGUGCCAUAGGAACACAUACUGCAGUUAUUUGCCAUAGCUAAAUCACUUUAGGUCUUUUUUUUUUUUUUUGUGCACUAGUAUUUUCACAUUAAAACUAAUAUAUUGUAUCAGAUCAUUUAUUUGGCUGACAUGCAUAUAAUUUCAUACAAUGUUGUUUUCUAAAUAAAUUAUUUUCUCAGUUAUGUGUAUUGAAUGAAAGCACAAGAAUUUGUAAAAAGGGAAAUAUUUUUAUUUAAAGUACAAACCAUAACAGGUAAAAAUUGACGUCCAAAGACCCUCCCGUGUCCCUCCCUCCCCCUGACGAAAAAAAAAAAAAAUGUUCUCCCCAAUAUGGGGUGAGAGAAAUUCACAACAAAUCAGUUAUCCUUUGAAUUCAAAAAUACUCUCCUUGUCAUAAAUAUGUACAACUUCUUUUUGGAAGUCCUGGAGAGUAAAAUGGGCUAAGACGUAUAAAAAACAAAACAAAAAUAAUAAUAAAAUUAAAAAACCCAGUGCCCUCUCCUGAUGUAGCCAUGGAGGAAGUAGUAAAAUGAUCCCCUGUUAUUAUAAAUAAUGGGUCGACAUGUUCAGUAAAAAUUUCAUGUAAUGUUUUUCAAAGUUUUAAAUCAAUUACCAAAUGGGGAUUUUUGUGGACCAUUUGACAAACAGUAAAUCACAAUCCGAUAAUUUGGGACGUUUGAAAAGAGUGUGAUGCGGCAAACAAAUGUAAAACACAUGGUUAGUAUAAUGUUGGUGUGUUUGGACAGGUGCAACAGCAGAGCACAUAAAUUAUGUCGACAUACCCGAGUUCAACUCAGACAUGUUCUGGGUGGUAAAGUUUAAAGGGGAAAAAAGUGGUCCAGGAGUGAAGUGGUGAAUACAUCUGAAGUGGAAAAAAAAAUCGUAAAAAGUUUCACACUUGGUGAGAAAGCAAAGUGAAAGUGAAAAAAGCCAGAACCUUACAAAGGAUUUUAGUCGAUGUGCUUAUCGCAUACUUUGACACAAAACGUUCUGGUCUAUCACAACUCGGUCACAAAUAAAACAUAAAACAAAAGAAAGCACUGUAAUAUUAAAAAAAAAAAGAGUGAAUAUAAAUAUUGCACUUCCAAACAACAUUUAGUUCCCGGUGCUUAGUUGUUAUCCCUUUGUUAGAGGUACAAGACAUCCCGUAGGACACCAACAUCUGGACGGCAGCCUUACUGUCAUUUUUUAUUUCCACUGAGUAUUUUAAAUCGGAAAAGAAAAACAUCACCCUGAAUACUGACUGUAUUAAUGUUAUCAUGACUAAUAAGUAAUGCAAAAUGGUUUAACCUCUAUGGUCUGAAGCUACAGAGGUGAUAGGGAUGAACAGGACUAAGCAGAGGGAAAGGUAAUGACCAAUUCAUACACAAAAAAAAACAAACGUCCAUAAAUAUACCAUUCAUACAAAUGCAUGUACGCAUGAAGUCACACACAUAUAUACAUGCAAGCACACGCAGCCCUAACUCUAACCCACAGACAUGAAGUAUUUACAUUUAAGGCACAUUAAAUCUAUGUACAUGACAAAUAAAAAGAAACCAACACAAAGCAUUUAAAUGUUCAGUCCCUGUAGCCUUUUGGUAGUGGGAUGAUUUCAGCCACUUCUCUUUCUAAACACGGUCGGCUUUUACUCAAAAGACAAUCAAAAUACAGUAUCUCACAGUAACACAGACUGUAAGCUGAAAAAAAAAGGAUUGUUCACACUCAAGGGAGUGACAAUCCUGUCUGCUCUCAGACUAAAAACUCUCUGUCAAGGCUACAACAUUGCUGAUUGUCCCGUCUUUGGUUCAAGACAUCAUUACGCCAUGGCUAUUAAAAAACUCUGUGGUUUCCCCUAAAAAAACAUCAUUUGCUUGCAGACGGUCUCCUUUGCUGCGUUUGUGUUUGCAACCCAAACCGAGCAGGAGUAAAGACGGCAAAAUAUUCUUCAGGAGAACGCCACUUUUUUUUUUUUUUUUUUGGUUUUGACACAAGCACCACCCUGCUCUGAGCCUAAUGUGAGGUUUCACAGGUCUGCGGUGGUUCCAGUCCCAGUCCCAGUCGACUACACAACAAUGACGAUGCCAGCAUUGGUAACUCUGAACACGAACAAACAGGAUUUAAAACAAAGUGAUCAGUAGGAGGUCAAAAUCAGAACUCAAAGGAAGGUCAGUCAGUCAGUCUUUAGGUGUCUUUGGAAUUAUAUCAGUAGAUUUCCUUUGAGUGCAAAAACAACUCAACCCAGCGCCAUCCACCAACCUGAGGCAGAGAGAGAUCAUUUUCAUGGACAGUUGAGAAACAUCCAUCCAUGCAUGCAUGCAUUUUCUGAGGGGUUAGCCUAUCCCAGCAUGCAUUAGGCAAGAAUCAAGGGAACACCUCGGGGACAGGUCGGGGUUUAAAUUAUGGAAAAUUUUGUGAUAAAACCUGCGUUAUUAAAUAGAUGUGGUUUCGACGUCUGAGCAGGUAAUAUUUCCUUUGUUGUUACCAGAUGAAUGUUUUCGUCUGAAACAUUUUAAGAUGCCAUUCAGAUACCAGAAGAACACUUUCAGGCCUCGGCAGGCGGCGUAAUUCACAGCUCCUGCGUGCCAUACGCUACAUGUGGCUAUAUCCUGUCAGAGGCAGUGAACACAUAAGCACCAAAAUAAGGCAGUGAACUGGGUAACACAAAACUCUCCGUCGCAACAAUCCAACAAAAGGAAACCCAACCGACAUCUCACUGUAUCUGCAGGCUGACGGUAGCCUGCACUUCUCUUGCAGUCACUUUCAGUCUCGUGUUAGCCUCGAGGCACUGAGAAAAAGUUCGAUUUAGUAAUAAUCCCAACCUGCCAACUAACAAGACAUAAAUUAAAAAA